AUGCAGAUUUCUUCAUAUAGAGUAAAAAAAAAGAGAAACAAUGAAUAUAAUAUUAAUUCUAGUACUUCUGAAACAGAAAAUCUAACUAUUGAAAAUUUAGAUGAAUAUGAAAAUGGGACUCAAUAUGAAUCAAGGAAUUUCAUGGUACCUAUACAAAAAUACAGAGAUAAAUCACAAAUUGGAGUAACUACACUUUCAAGACAAAUUUGGUGUGAAAAAAGUUUGGAAUUAUCAUUAGAAUAUGAUGUCAUAGCAUCAAGUAAAGCUAUUGAUGAAGGCGUGAGGCAUCAUGAAAUAUUAGAGUUACAAGACCAUGAUAUUAUUGAUGUUAUUGUUGAAACAAGUAUUGAAAAACUUGGAUUAGAACUAUUAAGUAUAGCUAAUUUGUUAGAAGCUUUAUAUGAACGUGGAUAUGUAAGAGAAUUACCAAUAAUUGGAUUUCAUAAAGAUAUUAUGUUGCGUGGUAUUAUUGACUCAUUAAAAUUAAUACAUAAUAAUAAUCUUGAAAUGUUAGAUUCUUUAAAUUUUAAUAAUUAUAAUAGUAAAAUGAUUCAAAAAUAUGAGGUUUUAAUUACAGAUACUAAGACACGUAGAAAGCCUUCAACUCCUAGUAUACCUCAACAAAAGACAACAGUAUUUCAAUUAGGAUUAUAUAAAUUAUUGUUAAAUCGUAUGAGAUUAGCUGGUUUAGAGUGGAAAAAUAAACAUAGUUGUAAUAUAAAUUUUAGUGAAUCUUAUGAUUUAAAUGAAUGUUGUGAAGGUUGCAAAUUUUUAUAUAAAUUAUUUGAAUUUAAUAAGGUAGAUUAUAUGAUACAAUUUAAUGAGAUAAAUAAAUUAGAGAUAUCUAGAAAUAAAGAAAAUAAAUAUGAAGAUAGUCAGAAUAAAAAUAUAAUUGGAGAUUAUCAGGAUAAAAAUAUAAUUGGAGAUUAUCAGGAUAAAAAUAUAAUUGAAGAUAAUCAGGAUAAAAAUAUAAUUGAAGAUAAUCAGGAUAAAAAUAUAAUUGAAGAUAAUCAGGAUAAAAAUAUAAUUGAAGAUAAUCAGGAUAAAAAUAUAAUUGAAGAUAAUCAGGAUAAAAGUACUAUAUUAAUAUCUGAGAUUUUAUCUAAUUUUCAAAAUCUAUUACAUAUUGGAUUUAAAUUAAUGAAUUUAUUAGCUAUAAUGCCACCUAUACAUAAUAAUAUGAAGGUUGAAUAUGAUUGUGAGGGUUGUACAUUUGCUACAAAGUGGCAUACUUGUGAAGAAUUAACAAUAAUGACUGAAGUUGACUAUCUUUUAGGAUGGUGGUUAGGAUUAAGAGAUUCGGAACCAGUAUUAAAUUCAGAGAUGUGGAAAUGUAAAUAUUGUAAUGUGUUAGAAUAUUGUAACUUUAGUCCCUUACCUAAAGAAGUUAUUCAAGAAUAUAUUGUACAAGGUAAACAGACAGAACUUGAUAAUUUAUUAUUAAAAGAUUUAGAAAAUGCAGAAUUUUUUUGA